UUCUUGCAAAAGAUCAUCUUUUUUUCCUCUCCAACUCCUAGCAGAGUAAUUGUAUCCUGAUACAGAGGAAGAACAUGCUUGGAAUUCCAGUACCAACCACUACUCACUAAUUCUAUCACUAUCCUAAUACUAGCUUCUCAUUAAAAGCUAGGAAAAUGAUAAGUGCAAGCGUAAACCCUGACAUUCAUCCUAGAAUUGUUUUAUGCUCAACUUUCGCAAGAAUUAGUAGUACUACUUCAUCAUCAUCAAUGUUAUCUUCUUCAUCUUCAUUUCUUUCUAGAAAGCUUUCAUUCUCUCCACUCAGAAACAAACUCCUUUACUCCAGUACUAAUCAUCAUAAACACAAGUCUACUGUUCUUCAGGAUAAUAUAUUCCGAUUGGAAAAGAUGAGAUGCUUAGUUUCAGCCAGUCAUGGUGAAGAUUUAUCUCACGACUUUGUAGUGAACGAGGAUGAUGAAAAUGCCAAUAGACCACUGAUGUGGCUACCUGCAUGUGCUGCGGUGACAUGGCUGAGUUCUGCAGAAGCAGCACACUCCAGUGGAGAGAUGAGAUUCAACUCAGUAUACGAGGUUGGCGAGCUAUUUGAAUUGGGAAUUCAGUUAUCGUACUUGCUGCUACUGUUAGGUUUACUUGGGGCUGGUACGUUCUUUGUGAUUCGUCAAGUCAUUGUUCGCAGAGAGCUUGACCUUUCUGCCAAAGAAUUGCAGGAGCAAAUACGAAGUGGUGAUGCUAGUGCUACUGAGCUCUUUGAACUUGGUGCAGUGAUGUUGAGAAGGAAGUUCUACCCAGCUGCAAUAAAAUAUUUGCAACAAGCAAUCUCGAAAUGGGAUGGAGACGAUCAGGAUCUUGCACAGGUUCACAAUGCCCUUGGCGUUGGCUACAUCCGGGAUGAGAAGCUCGAGAAGGGAAUCAAUCAGUUUGAGACUGCUGUAAGAAUUCAACCUGGUUAUGUUACAGCAUGGAACAACCUGGGCGAUGCGUACGAGAAGAAGAAAGACUUGAAAGCUGCCCUUAAGGCUUUCGAAGAAGUUUUACUUUUCGAUCCUAACAACAAGCUGGCACGGCCUAGGCGAGAUGCUUUGAAGGAACGAGUGCAAAUGUACAAGGGAAUUCCUAUGAAGUCAUCCAAAAAGAAGUAAAUAUCCUUGUGCACUCUAAAUGUAAUUUCGUGUAUUUUUGUCAAUCUAAUUUUGAGUUGGAAUUCUCUUGUAAAAAUUUAAAAUCCUCUGACAAAUGUUAAUUGCGAAAUAGAUGGAUUGAUGGGCUGAAACCAUACAAAGUUUCACAGUAAGGUAAGAGUCUUGGAAGGGUUACAGGAAACUUGGUUCUACGCAAUAUCACCAUUGCAUAGAAAGUUGACUUACUUGGUUGGCACCGGUUUAGUUUAUGUUUUAAAUGUAUUCCAUUGAGAUGAA